AUGAACAAGCCGCUCAUGCGCAUUCCCUACACGGAGCUGUUCCCUCCUCCCGCGACGAUCCCCCACACAGCCCGCUCCCUGCCCGGCGCCGUAGCAGCCCUGCAGGAGUUCUUCCACGCCCCGCCGCCGCGGGACCUGCCCCGGUCGACCGUCGUGCUCACCGGCGCGGGCCUCUCGGUGGCGAGCGGCCUGGCCGACUACCGCGGCGCCAACGGCACCUACCGCGUCAACAAGACGUACCGCCCCAUCUACUACCACGAGUUCCUGGCCAGCCACGAGGCCCGCAAGCGCUACUGGGCCCGGAGCUUCCUGGGCUGGACGACGCUGCGCAGCGCGGCGCCCAACGCCGGCCACUACGCCGUGCGCGACCUCGGCCGCCUCGGCCUCGUGUCGCGCGUCAUCACCCAGAACGUGGACUCGUUCCACCCGCGCGCGCACCCCGACAUCCCGACGCUCGAGCUGCACGGCUACCUGCGGUCGACCGUGUGCACCUCGUGCUGGAACGAGUUCCCCCGGGAUGUGUUCCAGGGCGAGCUGGCAAGGCUGAACCCGGUGUGGGACGCGUUCCUGCGCGAGGCGAUCGCCAGCGGCGCGCUCGCGACGGAGGACCCGCAUGAGAAGCGCGCGCGGGGCAUCCGGCUGAACCCGGACGGCGACGUCGAGCUGCCGGAGGCGCCGUACACGACGUUCCGGUACCCCGCGUGUCCGAAAUGCCUGAGCAGUCCGCCGAUGCUGGCCGAUGGGAGAAGGGGGACGGUUGAGGUCGACGGCGACGGGGCCUGGAGUCCGACGAGCAACGCCGGAAUUCUCAAGCCCGCGGUGGUCAUGUUCGGCGAGAGCAUUGCGAACGGGGUCAAGCAGGCUGCGGAAGACGCCAUCGACGGCGCUGGGAGGCUCUUGGUGCUCGCCACGUCUUUGGCGACGUAUUCCGCGUGGAGGCUGGCAAAGCGUGCAAAAGAUAGGGGGAUGCCGAUCGCUAUUGUAAAUAUCGGCGGCGUCCGGGGCGAGGAUGCCUUCUUUGCAGACUUGGACCCCAGCCAGAAAGGAGGCCAGGGGGUGAGAGUGGAGAUGUCCACCGACAGCUUACUGCCGGCUGUGGUCCACGAGCUGCGACAGCCCGCGUUCCGCAGCGCGCCCGCUCUGGCUGAUACUUCGUCACCCGACCGGAACGAGGCGGCAGUUUUUAAGAACAUGUUACAAUAG